AUGAUUUUAACCACAACCCAUGUGAGUUACAAAGCUGAAGGUAAACCAAAUCUCACAUCUGCAAACAGCUUUUCCAAGACGAUAAAUGAAGAGAAGGCGACGUUGUUGAGGGGUCAGAUAGGUUCGAGGCCGCCUCGAUGCGAGGGAAGAUGCAGUUCUUGCGGGCACUGUGAAGCCAUUCAAGUGCCUGCCAACCCGCAGGUCCAACAUGGAAACGACCAUUCUUCGACGUCCAACUCCGAUGUUUCUUUUGCAAGAAAAGGCGGAGGCGGCAACUCUAAUUACAAGCCCUUGAGCUGGAAAUGCAAAUGUGGCAACUUCAUCUUCAAUCCCUGAACAUUUAUCAUGGUUCCCAGAACAGAAUCUUAGGUUGUUGAGCGCACCUGUCUUUGAACCCUGUAAAUCCGUCUGUAAGAGAAUUACAUAUUUGAUGGUUUGUCAGAAUGUUC